ACCGAAGCGCAGCACUGAGCGCUCGACGCCGCCCAUCCUCUCCUCGCGCGCCUCCUAUCUUCUUUCUGAGCAACCGGCUGUGAGAAGUGGUCCAGAGCCCAAGGGUGGGGAAGGGCAAGUCUUUCUGGCUUUUCUCCUACCUUGCCAGUUUUGUCACUCACUGUCUGUCCUACUUUGUGUGCUAACCAGUGCGUGAGCCAUGGAGCUGAGACUCUGGGCUCUGCGGAGUGCUGCUUUCGUCCUAUUUUGCGCUUAUUGUGUAGUGAACAAUGUAGGAGCAAAGAAGCAGUUUGUCAAUGAAUGGGCAGCUGAGAUCUCCGGGGGACCAGAGGCAGCUUCCGCCAUCGCUGAGGAGCUGGGUUAUGACCUUUUGGGUCAGAUUGGAUCUCUUGAAAAUCAUUACUUAUUCAAACAUAAAAAUCAUCCUCGAAGAUCUAGAAGGAGUGCUCUCCAUAUCACUAAGAGAUUAUCUGACGAUGAUCGAGUGAUUUGGGCUGAGCAACAGUAUGAAAAAGAGAGAAGUAAACGUACAGCUGUAAGAGAUUCAGCAUUAAAUCUCUUCAAUGACCCGAUGUGGAAUCAGCAGUGGUAUUUGCAAGAUACCAGGAUGACUGCAGUUCUGCCCAAACUAGACCUCCAUGUGAUACCAGUGUGGCAAAAAGGCAUCACGGGCAAAGGAGUUGUAAUCACUGUACUGGAUGAUGGCUUGGAGUGGAAUCACACGGAUAUCUAUGCCAAUUAUGAUCCAGAAGCUAGCUAUGAUUUUAAUGAUAAUGACCAUGAUCCAUUUCCCCGAUAUGAUCCCACAAAUGAGAACAAACACGGGACCAGAUGUGCAGGAGAAAUUGCCAUGCAAGCAAAUAAUCACAAGUGUGGGGUCGGAAUUGCAUAUAAUUCCAAAGUUGGAGGCAUAAGAAUGCUGGAUGGCAUUGUAACUGAUGCUAUUGAGGCCAGUUCAAUAGGAUUCAACCCCGGACAUGUGGAUAUUUACAGUGCAAGCUGGGGCCCUAAUGAUGACGGAAAAACUGUGGAGGGGCCUGGAAGACUAGCUCAGAAGGCUUUUGAAUAUGGUGUCAAACAGGGGAGACAAGGCAAAGGUUCCAUCUUCGUCUGGGCUUCAGGGAACGGGGGUCGUCAGGGAGACAACUGUGACUGUGAUGGCUACACGGACAGCAUCUACACCAUCUCCAUCAGCAGUGCUUCCCAGCAAGGCCUCUCCCCCUGGUAUGCCGAGAAGUGCUCCUCGACUCUGGCCACCUCUUACAGCAGCGGGGAUUACACAGACCAGCGAAUUACAAGUGCUGACCUGCACAAUGACUGCACAGAGACACACACGGGCACCUCGGCCUCCGCACCCCUGGCUGCUGGCAUCUUUGCUCUAGCUCUGGAAGCAAACCCAAAUCUCACUUGGCGAGAUAUGCAGCACUUGGUUGUCUGGACCUCUGAGUAUGACCCACUGGCCAAUAACCCUGGAUGGAAAAAGAAUGGCGCAGGCUUGAUGGUGAAUAGUCGGUUUGGAUUCGGGUUGCUAAAUGCCAAAGCACUGGUAGAUUUAGCUGAUCCCAAGACCUGGAGCAGUGUACCUGAGAAGAAAGAGUGUGUUGUAAAGGACAAUGAAUUUGAGCCUAGAGCCCUGAAAGCUAAUGGAGAAGUUAUCAUUGAAAUUCCAACAAGAGCUUGUGAAGGACAAGAAAAUGCUAUCAAGUCCCUGGAACAUGUGCAAUUUGAAGCAACAAUCGAAUAUUCUCGAAGAGGAGAUCUUCAUGUCACACUAACUUCUGCUGCUGGAACCAGCACUGUACUGUUGGCGGAAAGAGAGCGGGAUACAUCUCCUAAUGGCUUUAAGAAUUGGGAUUUCAUGUCUGUUCAUACAUGGGGAGAGAAUCCUGUAGGCACCUGGACUUUACAAAUUACAGACAUGUCUGGAAGAAUACAAAAUGAAGGAAGAAUUGUGAACUGGAAGCUGAUUUUGCAUGGGACCUCCUCUCAGCCAGAACAUAUGAAACAGCCUCGUGUGUACACAUCCUACAACACCGUACAGAAUGACAGAAGAGGGGUGGAGAAGAUGGUUGAUUCAGGGGAGGAACAGCCCACACCAGAGAACCUGAAGGAGAAGUCAUUGGUGGUAAAAAGUUCUAGCAGCAGCAGUGUGGGGGACAAACAGGAGGAGAUGGCAAAGGGAGCCCCUUCCGAGGCUAUGCUGCGGCUUCUACAGAGCGCUUUCAGCAAAAGCCCAUCCCCAAAGCAAUUGCCAAAGAAGUCUCCAAAUGUAAAGCUUACCAUCCCUUACAAAAAUUUCUAUGAAGCCCUGGAAAAGCUGAACAAACCUUCCCAGCUUAGAGACUCUGAGGACAGUCUGUACAAUGACUACGUCGACGUGUUCUAUAACACAAAAUCUUACAAGCACAGAGAUGACCGGCUGCUCCAAGCUCUAGUGGACAUCCUGAAUGAGGAAAAUUGAAAUGUGGUCCUGAAGUGGAUAUAUUCAUGCUUCUUCAUUUCCCUUAGAUUUUUGCCUUUGUCUGAUGUGGUUGUUUUGUCAUUGAUUCUUUGUGAUAUUUUCCCCUUUUCUCCCCAAAUUGUACAUUUGAAGGGGAUGAGCUCAAGUGGAAAAUCUAACUUCCUGAAGUGAUCAUAGCUCUUUAAAAUGUGUCUUCACUGCCUGAACACGUAGAGUGUUUUGUUCUUUUGGGAGUGCAGUUCAUACAACAUCCUCACCAUAAUAGAAUGCCUUCCUGAGCCCCCUCAUUUCAUUUCUCAAAAGAAAGAAAACAAAGCCUGGACAAUCAAUUAAUGUGAAAACCUAAAGUUCAAAGAAUGAGAGAAAGAAAUCGCGCCAAUAGCUUGUUCCCU